UUAUUUGUAUAUUUAUCUUUCUUUUUACCCUUUAAUUUACCAGAUCAUUUUUCGAUAGACAAUGUACAAAUACACGAAAUUUACAAGUGUGUACUCCUUUCAUAAGUGUAAUCAUCGUAGUUAAUAUAAUAACUCGUAUAGAUUUUGGUAGCUUCUGGUAUCGAUUCGACCUCGAAUAAAAACGGAACAAUACACCAAGUGGAAACAUUCGAUCCUACUUCAGUAUUAGUGAUUCGUACGAGCUCAAGCACUUUGGACGCGCUGCGUUCUCUAAUAUUUUCUAUCCUCUUCUUUUUCCUUUACACAACACACACAAACGCACACACAACACAGUGGUUUGUGGCGGCGCGUGCAACGAGAGGGAACGCUAAUCUUACGCACGAUUGUAGAAUGAGUGAGUGAGAGAGAGAGAAAGAGGGAAAGAAGGAGAGAAAGAGAGCAAGAGAGCAAGAGAUACAGACAUUGAACUGAUCCAAUGGUGAAGUUUCGACAAGAUGGUGAGACUUCCUCAAAGACUGGGGGUGAUUGUCUUGCCAUAUCCGGUUGCUCAAGAUUUAAAGGAUAUCGAAGACAACGGUUCGUUCGUGUCAAAGUUUUGAAGAUGAUAUCACCGAGACGAUUGGACUCGGAGGGACCAGCAGCAGGAGGAGGAGGAGGAGGAGGAGGAGGAGGGGGUGGUGGCAAGGAUGAUGACAACGGUACAAAAGCAUUCCUGUCAACAGGAAGAACCGGAAGAAGAAAUGCAUUACCGGAUAUUCAUGGAAAACAUGCUACAACGAGUAUCUCCGAUUUGCCAGAUCGUUUUGGAGAAUUAUCUACCGAAGCUGGUACAAAUGUUAUCAUGGCAUGAACGUGGCAGCACGUGAAACGAAUAAUCAACCGGGUGUCUCGAAACAACACGUUGGUUGACGGCAAUGACGUUGUGUGUUUUCUUCUCAUCUUCCUCUUCAUCUUUUUCCGUCAAAUUUCAUUCUGCUCUGGGUGCUAAGUGCGGAAAAUUUGUCAAUUUACAAAUACUGUAUUUCUAAACACGCGAACGAUGGAUAAUCGUAGUCACGUUCUAAAAAAAAACAACAACAAAAAAUACAACGCAUUUGAAUAUGCAUAUUGUUAAAACAAAUAUUAAUAAGAACAACUAAGUGAUUGGGUAGGUGGUUUUUUUAUUUUUCAAGUUGGGAAGCUUGAAAUAUAUUCUUUGAUCUUUCUCUCUCUCUCUCUCUCUCUUUCUCUCUCUUAUUGCCUAAUCUUUUCGCUUAGCAAUGAUCUAAUUAUUGCUAACGUAAUUUAAGUAUUAAAAUAAUAAUAAUUAUUCUUCGAACUGAAA